AGGGUUUCGAUUGUGGAGCUUGGUGCAACUCGUUUAAAUAAAGAGAGCGUCGAAGUUUUAGAGCUCAAGGCAGAGAUCGAGACCCUCAAAAAGGCAUUGGCUAACAAGGAAGCACUAACUCCUCAAACUAACAAACCAAAGGAAGCAUCAAGGACACCUUUCCAGAAGCCUAAAGCAACAGCCGAGCUUCAGGAAGGAUAUGAUGUCACAAAAUUGUAUGAUCAAGCGGGUAAUGAUAGUUUCAUGAAGACUCCUCCGAGUCCACCUUUUGCUUUUAGAAGCCAGGAUACUCCUCAAACUCCAGCUUCUGGUCUGAAAUACCAGCAAGCUCCUCGGAGUCCAACUUUUGGUUUUAAAAGUCAACAGCCUCCUCGGAGUCCAACUUCUGGUUUUAAAAGCCAGCAGCCUCCUCGGAGUCCAACAAGUGCUGCCAUCCAAAGCCAGGUUAUGAAAACAACAGAUAACAGAACAAGGAUUCCUUCUCUUCAACUGCCCAAGACACCCGAGCCACUGAUAACCUCUAUAAGUGAGAACAAGGCAGGAAUGCAAAGUAACCGUACUAUUUCAUCUGAAUUCCCGAAGCCUUUGACUAGAAGUACUCAUGGAAAGGGAUCUCAAAUACGAAGAUCACUUCGGACUCAUGGGAAACUGAUUAAUGGUUCUGAUAGAAAGUAUGUAAGCUAUAGCUUUUUGGAAGUUCAACAUUGUGAUUCUGUUGCUUGA